AUUCAGCAAAUGCGUUGUCAGAAACUCGAUGAUAUACAAUGAACCUGUACAGGAUGUUGAUUACACGUCGAUAGUCUGCUAUCGACACCUGACGCCGCCGAGUCUUCAAUGCCAAGCCCUUCACAGACAGCGUUCGGUGCGAGAUUUCAUAACGACAUUGGUGACGGGGAAUCCCCCAUUCAUCGCGACAUUGCUCGUGUCAUCUUCGUGAACACAACCCACUCAAUCAAGGAAGUGGAUCGUGGCGUUUUGCACGAGACGAUCUGACAUCACUGUCAUCAUGUUCAACACCUGAAAUGAACAGCGUUUGAUGUGGCUUGAAAUCGACAUGAUUGAAGUUCACACAAUCAGCUCUUCUCACCUGACGACGGCCCAGUGCGACAUAUUGAAGUACAUUGUAGGACGCCGCCGUGAGAUCAGGGCUGCGGGAGUGGUCGAGGUGCUGACGGCGGACGUCACUGACGCCGGCUCAAGAACGUGGACACACAGGGGAUAUGGGGUCAUGUGCUUCAUCAAGGAUCAUCCAGGAAAACAGUACAUCUUCAAGGCGUUUAACCUCAUGACGAGGCAGGAAAUACAUGAGCACACUAUCAACAACAAGUUCAAGUACAUAGAAAAAAGUGAUCGGUUUCACUACAUGACGGGAGCGAAAAAUCGAAUGACUGGCCUAAAUUUUAUUGACGAAAGCGAGGCUAGGGCGUUUAAAGAGACAGUGGACCGCAAAAGGGAACAGUGGACGUUCCCCUCCGUCCCGCCCCACCCCCGCGGGCUGCCCGAUUACAUCCCCCCUCACAUCUCGCUACAGGAAAUCAUACAAGAAUUGCCACAGGAAGUCCCGUCUCAUGUUCUACCACAGGCCCCGACACAGGUCCCGACCCUCGUCCCGCAUAACAUUUCUUCACAGACCCCACAAGAAAUGUUGGCGCUGAACGCGCAAGAAACACCGACACCGGUCCCGGAAAAUUUAUUCACACAGGUCCCGCAGGAGGUCCCGUCCCAGGUUCAAUCACAGGUCAUGGAGCAGGAUUUGACGUCAGAGGUCUCGCAAGAGAUGACGUCACAGGCGCCACAAGGGAUGACGUCACAGUCCCCAAAAGAGGUUCAAUCACAUGUCUCCUCACAAGUCCCGUCACAGCCGAACGAAAAGACGGACGUUGUUGCCAGUCCCGCAGAUCAAGCCACACACGAUCGACUAGAUGAUCUAGUGACGGAAGGCCAACUGAUGACGUUGUCGACGGCGUUUGGCGACAACUGGCAGUCUCUGAGUAUCCAACUCGGCAUCUGCUGCCAGGAAGAGCUGACCAACGGCGACAACACCACCCAACAGAAGAUGUACAGCGUACUAAAAGAAUGGGUCAGGGUAAACGCCCAGAAAGCCACGAGUCGUGUUUUCUUGAAUGCGAUCAACUCCGUCAAAGAUGCUGGACUUGUGACUGUUGACAUGGACGUCGUCCAUAAAGCCUGUAACUUUAAAGAGGAGUCGGAUGUUUAAUCAAGGCUCGUCCGUCCAAUGUGCCUUGGCUUGGAGUGAACGGCUCCAAAAGUGUGAUUUAUUGUUUUCCAUAAUGUAGAAUUCUGUCCAUGAAAUAGUUACAUACUGUCAAUGAAUGUGCCUUACAAUUAAGCUGGACUGUUUCCGUUGAUUCGGAUAAGUUGUUAAAUUACUGUCAGUGUGGAAUUGUUGUGUUGGGCUAUGAUUCCGAGCUGCAUAAUUGCAUAAGACUUGAACAUGAUGUUCCCCGUCAAUGUGCCCUUGAUAAUCACACCUGUUAACACGCAUUUUGGUAUAUUUACAUAUCAAAGGUUUAUCUUUGUGUAUAACAUUCAAGUUUCUUGUUAUGACAGUGGUGUGAAACUUGGAUGCAUAAGAAGAUUGUAUGCUAUGGUUGUUGAAUAAAUGCUUUGGAGUAUUA